CAAGCUUGCUUUUAGGGUCAGGAACUGGUCUGACAAGAGAAUGGCAAUCCUGCCUUUAAACUGUCAUUAGGACUGUACGACUGACGAUGAAUCCACCCGAGCUGCUGGCUCAACGGCGAAAAACUCAGCAAGAGAAUGUGAAGACAUAUUUCAGGACAUUGUGAGUGCUUCUAAAGAUGUCUGAUAGUGUCGAUAUUGAAGAGAAACCACCUGCCCCUCCCUUGAGAAUGAACAGUAGUUCCCGAGACUCUUCAUCAGUGAAUCACGCCUCUAAACCGCUUCCAAUGGCUCCUGAAGAGAAAAACAAGAAAGUCCGCCUGCGUUCCAUCUUCCCAGGGGGAGACAAGACAAACAAGAAGAAGGAAAAGGAACGUCCUGAGAUAUCCCUGCCCUCAGACUUUGAACACACCAUUCAUGUUGGCUUUGAUGCUGUAACAGGAGAAUUCACAGGUAUCCCAGAGCAGUGGGCACGGCUCCUUCAGACCUCAAACAUCACCAAACUGGAGCAGAAGAAGAACCCACAGGCUGUGCUGGACGUGUUAAAGUUCUACGACUCCAAAGAGACCGUCAACAACCAGAAAUAUAUGAGCUUCACCUCGGGAGACAAGUCAGCACAUGGGUACAUAGCAGCAAACACACUGAACCGGCUGCUGUCAUCUGGGCCUCCUGUCAGCCUUAGAACCUGCAGCGCGUUAUUUGACAAGGGAGCCAAAACAUCAUCGUCAGAGCCCCCCAUCGCUCCCCCUGUGUCAGAAGAAGAGGAUGAGGAGGAAGAGGAAGAGGAGGAGGAAGAGGAAGAAGAGGAUGAUGACGACGAGCUGCCUCCGGUCAUUGCACCUCGGCCCGAGCACACCAAAUCUAUUUACACACGCUCUGUAAUGGAUCCACCAAAGCCCCCCACCCCUGUGAAAGAAGUACCGACCCCUCCAGAGUCCCAAGUCCAGCCGGAGAACACGUCCAACACUAUGUACCGUAACACUGACCGCCAGAGGAAGAAGUCCAAAAUGACAGAUGAGGAGAUCUUGGAGAGACUUAGGAGUAUCGUGAGCGUGGGGGAUCCCAAAAAGAAGUACACACGCUUCGAGAAAAUAGGACAAGGAGCGUCUGGCACUGUGUACACCGCCAUCGACAUAGCAACAGGCCAAGAGGUGGCCAUCAAGCAGAUGAACCUGCAACAACAGCCCAAAAAAGAGUUGAUCAUCAACGAGAUCCUGGUGAUGAGGGAAAACAAAAACUCCAACAUUGUCAACUACCUGGACAGUUACUUGGUAGGAGACGAGCUAUGGGUGGUGAUGGAGUAUUUAGCUGGUGGUUCGUUGACAGAUGUAGUGACUGAGACCUGCAUGGAUGAGGGCCAGAUCGCUGCAGUCUGCAGAGAGUGUCUCCAAGCCCUAGACUUCCUACACUCCAACCAGGUGAUCCACAGAGAUAUAAAGAGCGAUAACAUCCUCUUGGGUAUGGACGGAUCUGUCAAGCUCACCGACUUCGGCUUCUGUGCUCAGAUCACCCCUGAGCAGAACAAGCGCAGCACGAUGGUUGGAACGCCAUACUGGAUGGCGCCGGAGGUGGUGACCCGGAAGGCUUACGGCCCCAAAGUGGAUAUCUGGUCUCUAGGAAUCAUGGCGAUAGAGAUGGUGGAGGGAGAACCGCCAUACCUGAAUGAGAAUCCACUCAGGGCACUGUAUCUGAUCGCUACAAACGGCACUCCAGAGCUGCAGAACCCAGAGAGGCUGUCGUCCGUGUUCAGAGACUUCCUCAACCGUUGUCUGGAGAUGGACGUGGACCGCAGAGGCUCUGCUAAGGAGCUGCUCCAGCAUUCCUUCCUGAAGCUGGCGAAGCCUCUCUCCAGCCUGACGCCUCUGAUUGUAGCUGCAAAGGAAGCCAUAAAGAACAGCAGUCGCUAAGGCUGAGCCCUCUGUCCCCACCUGAGGCUGGAGCCCUGCCUGGGAUGUGUGCAUUCAUGGGGGCAGGGGCUUGGGUGCGUGCACGGUGGGUGACACGACAGUGACAGCACAAGGAGGGCGGGGUGGGGGUGAUUGUGUGACAUACAGUGACAGCACAAGGACAAAAGACCCCCAGGCCUCACUUACAGGACGGACAUCUGGCCUUGCAGCCUCUCGGCCCCAAUGCUGCUGAACAGACUUCGCCUCCUCGUUUACUUCUCCAGCACUCUGUACAUGUAGAGCAGCCCGUCACAAGUGUGUGUGAGAAAGCGUGUGUGCGUGUACAGAACCUGUGCACAUCCCUUUGUGUGGUACGUCCAGUUUGGCAAAAGUCUCUCAGAAAAAAAAACAAGAAAACAGUGAAAAAUCAAAAGGAAAAUGUGCUCAUUUCAAGAAGGAACUCCAGGAGUAAUGAGGAGAAAGUGAUGAAGAGGCCGGGGUGAGGGUCGGUUUUCUUUCCUCUGGUCCAUCCGUGGAGCACAAUCAGGCCACACCUGCACCUGCUGAUGAGGGAGAGUGACUCUGGGAGUCUAGACCAACCUCCGCCUGCAUGACUACGGCUCACAUCGCUACUCCUCUGCAGAUUGACACACCUUGAGGCAGCAUAUUUUGGUGUGUAUGUGUGAAUGUGUGUAAAGGUGCAGCUACAGGGGAAACAGUCAGGUGUGAUUUCACGCGACUUAUACCAGCUUUAAACACCUUUCAUUAAUCUGCUUCAUACCCAGGUGGAGAUGCAGAUUUUACAUCCAGUCUGCCCAACGGCCCUGUAACAGAGUCAUGGCUGGCUUUUGUUUAUCUGCUGAUUUCUAUCUGACUAUCAGAAAUACCGAAACACUGUUGUUGCACAUUUUGCCUGCAGAAAUCCCUGAAUUCAACCAGAGGUAAACACAGCAUCCAUAAUGUCAAUCAACAUGCAAAAACUUCAUCUUAGAUAUUUAUUCGACAUACUUUUUUCUUAUUUAAGAGAGGAGAUCAGCUCAGUCAGCAUUUUGGGAUAGGAAAUGAUUAGAAAAAAUAUAAAAUAGUGUCAGCAUUACUAAUAAUGCAAGCACUUUAACUGGAGAUUCACAAAAAUUUUCCUAACUGCUUUGAAACACAAAUUAUAUCAGUCACUGUGUGCAAAAAUCUCAAAUAGGAUUUUUGUAAAUGCUCAGCCUGUGUACCUCUUUCUCUUUUAAUAGUUAGGAUAUUGUCAACUUACCAGAUUUGUUGGGACAGUUUCACAUUUUUCUGAAUUAUUGUCAAGCCUUUCAAUUUAGUACAUUGAAGUUAAGUGGCGUAAUACUUUAUGUGAUUGGAAAGGUUUUCAUUUUAAUAUCUGGGAUGAGUGGUUCUCAACUGCUUCCUUCAUGACAGAUUAGAUCCACUCAAAGUACAGUCUUACAGCAGACGUCAACAAUCUCAUCUUUUUAGCCGCGUGUUUUCACACGGUGAGAAAACCGUUGUUUUAUGCAUUCAGUUUUCACCAUACUUCUCUAGCACCAUAAACAAAUGCACUUUUCCUUUUAUUAUUAUUAUUUUGCUGUUAAAAGUGGCUGGCACUUAGGGUUGAGGUGCCAUCUACUCUGAUGGAGCGUGAAUGAACUACAUUACAGUUGUGUCUUAAUUCAGGGGUAGCAUCCUACACUGUAAAACCAAACAGCUGAAAAUACUCAAAAUAUUUGUCAUAACUGAUUACAUAAAAGAUUUUAAGUGGUUGAAAUACAAAAUUUACAUGUUUCUUAGGCUGGCCACACACUAGACGAUUUUUAAAUCUCAAACAAUGUUAAAACUGUAGGAGACCACAGACAUCAGGACCAUUUCAAAAGAUUUUACAUCUUUAAUCCUCUGAUUGCACAUGCUAGAAAACUCAGCCAGACUGUCAGAUCACUGGAGACCACACACCUGCUGACCUGCCAACACUUUGGGUGAUCAAUUGACUUCAGAAAAACACGAACAGGGAUGUUUGUCGAUACCCUCUUGCUGUCCCUCCACAACAGACUGCCCUGGUCAGUCUGUCUGCUAUGCAAGGAAUCUUUAAAUAUGUUGCAUUGGAUGCAUCCUUCAUGGCUUAGGAGAACUAGGAUGCAUUUGCAGCCAUUUGAAGAAGCCUUUGAAAUGAGACAGCCUUCAAUGCACCACUGUGACAAAACUGAUCUCCAAAAACACGUUAUGAUGGAUACAGCCCCUGAAUUGAGACACAGCUUACUACUGCAGGUGCACUGCAUGAUAGAAAACAUACAGCGAGCCCUUGAAGCAUAGACUUUUUGCUGCAUCUUUUGUUCCCCAGGCACACUCUGAAAUGGCUUUGUGACCCACUUUUGAGUCACCAGUUGAGAACCACUGAUUAAGACUUUCCAGUGAAUUGAGGUUAGAUUAUUUUUGUGGUGCCACAUACAGUUUCUUUAAAACCCUUGUGCAUCACUGUGAGGGUAAGAGAGAGAAAUACCCCCUUCUAAAAAAGAAUUAAAAAUGAAAUGGAUGUUUUUUACCUCUGUCCCAGAAAGCAUUAUAUGACUGUGCAUAAACAUGUUUGCCACAGAUACCCUUGCCUUCCUAAAUAACUAAGCACCAUCACGUCUGCAGACGUCUCUUCUGGUAUUUAACCUGCUGCUGACCCAUGCUUCAGUGUCCUUUCAUCUCUUUCUGGUGUCUUAUGUGACAUACUGUCAUGUUUUGUAGUGAAUUUUUGGACAUGUGGCAAACUAAAGAGGAGGAAUGUUAUCAGCUGAUCGAGUACUGAGUGCCAUUUUAUGAUUGUACCUUGUCCUGUACCUUAUUUUUGCUAGCAUAAACCUGGUUAGCGUUUAACCUCACUUCUGUACAGAGGAUAUCUACAUUGUUUGCCAGGCUUUUCCCAUUGUAGCAUCUCUGUGUAUGUGUGCGUGUCUGUGUGUUAGGGGGCUACCUCAAUCUGCACUAGAAGAUGCCUCACUCGUGUCGUCCACCUUGACUAUGAGGUGCGGGGUAGCUGCUUUAGUCCUAUUGUACCUCCAUUUGUACAGCAGAUGUACAGAAGAUGAAGGAGUGAGGACGCAACAGAAAUCAUGCAUGUAAAACAAGAACUAUACACUGUAUCUCAUCUUUGAAUAGGUUAAGAUUGUUAGGAUAUGUAUGUAUGUAUGUAAAUAUGAUGGGAACACCCCUUUUUUCAGAAUUAUGUAACUUAAAAUGACAAUAUUCAGGUUGCUCUAUGGUAUGUAUCAAUAAAUGUUUUGCACCCUGGAUAAAAAGAGAAACACUCACACCAUCUCUGCACUCCCGGAUCUCCUGUUUGGGCUUUUAAUCGGACACUCCUUCAUCUGGACAGCGAGCCCAUGAAUGCAGCACUCUGAGUGUUAGUACGUGUGUGAGCGUGCGUGUGUAGGUAGGUGUGUGGCCUGUCAGGAAGCUCCGCCGGGACGUUUUCGGCCCCAUGUACAGGUCUGAACUAUGAGCACAAAGGUGGAUUUUUCUGGAUGAGAGACACCGCUGCUGUGCCCCCUUUUUCUGUGGUUGCUCCUGUACAUUCCUCUCUUCUGAAUGUGUAAACCUGUACACGUGGUGUGAAAAUUCCUCUAUUAAUGUGUAUCAAGAGAAUGGAACAAAGACAAAAAAUGUUGCUUUUUAA